GCCUGCAUGUCCACAACUACAAGUUCAAGUGCCCUUGCUUCUGCGAUCCAAACAAGAUAAAGGAGGAGAAUUUUUCCAAGAGGAGGAUUUCAUUCUCACUUUCCAGAGAAGAAAAUAUGUUUGAUAUUCUUGGACUCAUUUGUAUGAUUUGGUGGUGUAUGCUGCUAUUUCAUCCCUUGCAUGCUGACAUCCAGUGUAUGGGGUCAGAGGCACAAGAAUCACCUAUUACAAAUGUGAAAAUGAACUGGAGAAAAAUGAGAUUGAACUGGGAGAGCAGCAAGAACUUCUCUGAGUACAAAUGUACCAUCAUAAACAGGAACAUGGAAAAUAUAGACAUAAAGGUAAAUAGUCCACUAUGCAGGUAUCCAAUGGAACAAGACAUGUCUCUGCACAAAGGGGUAUUCUUUAUCAUUGAAGUGCCAAACACAAACAUCUCAAAGAAUUGCACCUUUAUCCCUGGAGGCAUGAAUGGGUCAGCCAUUGAAAACUUCUCCUGUGUGAUUUAUAACAUUUCCCUCAUGAAGUGCACUUGGCAGGCAGGCAGGGAUGCUCCAGGAGAUACCCAAUAUUUUCUCUACUGGCAGAACUCGAGAGACAAUGAUGUGAUGGAAUGUGAGCUUUACAUUAAAGAUGAAAAUGGCAGAAACACAGGAUGUAGAUUCCAAAAUGUGAUGAUAAAGACUGAAGGAGCUUACUUCCUGGUGAAUGGGUCUAGCAAAGACUCCUUGAUCCAGUUCUAUGAUGAGUACAUUGAACUGUAUAAAAUUGAAAUUCUCACUCCUCCAUUAAAUGUCACUGUCAAUUGUACUAGAGAUUCAGCAGGUUGCAUAAUAACAUGGCAACCACCCCUUAGAAGUCAUAUGGAACAUGCAAAGUGUUUUCAGUAUGAAAUUAGCAUACAGAAAAAGGAUGAGCCCAAAGAAGAGAAAAAGGAUCCUCCUGUUAGAGUAAGGAACUACAGAUAUGAAUUCCAAAAUUACAAUGAGAAAAAAAAAUACAUUCUGAAAAUCAGAGCAAAGGGAAAAAACUGUCCUGUAAGCUCAAACUGGGGGGAAUGGAGUGAGCCCAUUGAGUUUGGUCAAGGGAAAGAUUACUUUAUUUUUGUGAUUUUAUUUCUGAUAUCACUUGGAACAAUCUCAGUGACACUGCUCCAAUACUGUCUUUUCAAAAGAUAUUGCAGUUUCAAGAGCAUAUUUUCUCCUGUACCACAACCAAGAGACAAAUUUAAUGCAUCAACAGAUGAAGAUAUGCAGACAGAAUACGUCAAUCUACCAAAAAAAAGCUGUACUGAGGAAAUAACUAUAGUUGAAGAGAUGACCUAACUUUCCAAACAGAAAACACACUUGGACUCCCCAACAUGAAACAAAAUCAUGGAUCUUCCUGACAAGUACUUCAAACCAGACUAGAAAUUAAUAUAAACAACUAUAAAAGUACUUGUCCCAUAAAAACCCACCUAAAAUGGAGGAGAGGCAAAAAAGUGGAGAAAAUAAUUUGUUCUUUUCCCUCUGCUCAGAGAAAUAAUACAUGGCAGCUAAGCCUUUCUGCAAACAUCUGCUGUGAAGACUUGCUUAAACCUUGCUGAGAUUUUCUUCGCAAUGUGAGACAAGGCCUCUCAUCCACAACACAGAAGAAAGUUAUUUCCCAUCUUCAUUAUGAUGCUUCUUUCCUCUGAAUAUAAUGGUUUCCUAUAGGAUGAGAACACUACUUAAUAAUGCCACAGUUAAUUUUCCCAGCUCAACUUUUUUUAUACUGAGUAUUUUCUUAAGCAGAAACUAGCUAUCUAAAAAUGUUUAAAAUUGCCUUGCAACUAGCAAUACCAAACUGUCAAGAGUAUAUUCAAUAGACUUUAUGCAAAACAGAAGUUGGGAAAUAAAAUGACACUUGCCAAAAGUAACUACUAAUGCUGGGCUGCCAGUCAGCCAUUUCAUGAGCUCAGUACUUCCAGUGCAAAUGUGAACCUCUGCAAUAUUAAUAUGGACUUAGCUCAACACAGAUAUUAAUUAAAUCUUAAAAGAACCCACCCCAAUAUAACAGCUGUGAGAAUUGAAAUGAAACCUGCAAUGAUUUAGGAACAGGAUUUUAAAUGUAAAUAUUUCCUCAUACCAAUGCCAAUGCAUUUUCUUUGUUCCCUUCAAAGUGUGCAAGCCCCAUUUCCAAUGCCUUUUAAAAACAAUAUAGGAUUCAAUGCCAGAAUUUUCUUACACAAAUUCCAGAUCUUUUCCUGUUAAAAGCGUUUUUCAAAAUAAAUAAAUUUCAAUAAGUAUUUCAAUAAGGCAGAAAACAAAUGCCUUUUUUAAAAGUCUCAUUUAUUGUUUGCCUCUUAUGUUCCCACACUGCAUAAUCACAUAUUGAAAAUUGCUGCUGCAUGACUAAGGGAAGCCGUAAAAAAAAAAAAAAAAGAACACCAACUAGUACAUGCUGAACACACAGCAUAGGUAAAUUGCAGUCCCACUUAAAAACACACCUACACUUGCAUUGAUUUUUCCUAUUUCUUCUGGUUAAAACUUAGUUCUGAAGAGAGGAGGGAGGUAGGGUGAAAAACACCCUCCCCCCUCCUUUUAGGGGCUGCUCAAGUAAUGGUCAUGUUUGAUUCUUCCUCACAAAGCCUGGGCCACCAUACACUUAUUGUGAGGUUAUGUGAGGUAUCCUAUCAUUAUCUCUACCUUUCAAGCCACUCAUGCAGAAAACAAACCUAAGCAGUUACGUAGACAAAAAUUCACACACACACACCCCCCAAAUGUAAUUCUAACUGAAACAGCAAGUUGAUUGGCAAGGUCAACAUCAAGUGACCUGACUGCACCACAAAGGGAGCUACCAUUACUGAACAGGAUACAAUCACUGGCAGUACAUACAUAGUUUGCUAUCAGCAUGUGUACAAAGUAGCUGUGCAAUGUACUUACAUUCACAUUCAGAUGUUGAAAGCAGUGCUUGUGCAACAGUGAAAGAAAAAAGGUAAAUUAUGUUUUGAGAAGAUAAUAAUCAGCCAAAGCCAAGCAGUUAAUUUAAAUACUUCAUCUUGAAUAGGAACCUCAGAAGGCACACAAAAGAACUUGACAGCUCAGUCAGCCUUCAGUAACUCAUACAGCGACAUGGUUUCCUUCUCAAGAUAUAGGGAGAGUUCUUAAAAACCAUGAUCGGAAGAUGAACACCUUGUUUUCCUUUACUGGUCUCCCUACCAUGUCUUUGCAGAUUACAAAGUACAAAAAUUAAGAUUACAUACAUAUGAAGAACAGCACAGAGAUAUUACAUUAUCUCAAAUGGCAGUAUGAGAAAUUAUUCAGUCUGAUUUUGGUCUUCUCACAAUCUUCAGUUUGUAUUGAAGGCUGACCUACCUUGUUCUUUAUUUUACAGCUACAUAGAAGCACACAUACUCCUCCUCACACACCCCAUCAGCUUCACCUCUUAGAAUGAACCUCAUUUCAGAUUAAAUUCACCUUCCACAGAGGUACUGACCACUGCUACAGAUCAGGCCAAACAGUAACUUGAAUCAGCAUUUCCAAACAGCAGCAAGAAUACAAUACAUCAGUUACUCAGAAGUUGAAGGCAUUUACCAGGUUCCUGGGUUUUUGCAUGAAUGCCAUGUUGCUUUCUACAUUAUUUUUUAAAAAAUUAUUUCAUUUUAAGCUGUUUUACAAAGGGCAAGUACUUUUGGACUGUCUUUGGGACUUUGGGUUCUCCUACUACAACA